GGCGAAGGCGACAGCGACAACCGAACCGACAACGAUUUACACAAAGUUGAGCGAAGUGUCGCCUCUGUCGGUGUUGGCUUUCGUGUCGGUCUUCAAUAAAAAUCAAUUUUUCGCAAAAAUAUAAAUCAUAAUUUAAUAUUAAAUAAAAACCCAAAUUAAAUCAAACAAAAAACCAAUUCAAAAUCGUAACAAAAACCAAGUGAAGUGCAAACAAAAUUCUCCAUCCAGUGCAAAGUGAUAGAAUAUCCAUAAAAAGAAGCAAAAAUAAAAAAAGAAAAGAGAGAAGUUGAAAAAUUCUAAUUGCAAUACGAACGAGAAACAAAAAGAAAAAAGAAAUCAGUACUUUAUUUUCAUCUUUUUAUUUUCUUUUUGCACUACGGGUGGUGCAAUACAAUAAAACAAAAAAAUACAAUAAUUAUAAUUUCCAAUAGAAAACUACUCCCAUUGGAAAAUUUAAUAAAAUAUAGGAAAAUAAGAAAAGUACAUAAUUAGCUUGUGGUGUUUCUUUAUAUUUGUGUUGUUGUUACUUCUUGGGGAUUGCAGAUUUUCACAUCAUUAAGGGCUGGGCGCUGCGCUGGGGCCGUCCCGUCACACCAAAGUUGAAAUCGAAGUUGGAGUUGAAUUUGAAGCCAAAAUCGAAAUCGAAAUUGUAAUCGAACUCGAAGCCGAAGAAGACUUUUUCAUGAAUUUCUCCGAAAUGAUUUUCCAUGGAUUGUAUAUGCAAGUCCGCACAGCAACUACAACAUCAUCAUCAGUUUCAGAAUCAGCAUCAGCAGCAUCAUCGUCGUUGUCGACCACCACUUUUAUUCAAAUCUAAGCGCAUCAAAUCAAAUCCAGAGGAGCCAAAGUUUUAAUCAACAUAACAAUUAUCUACUUUUGUCGCAUCAGCCGGCAAAGAAUUCCAUUCGCUGGGAAUUUAUAAAAAUUUGAAAAAAAAAAAACAAUCAAGGACUAAAAACAAGAGUAACUUAGUACUUUUUGAAGAGGGCGGGAGUUGCUUUUUUUCAGAUAAAAAAGCUUCACCACCACCACACACAGAAAACAUAACCCCCUCAAAAACCAACACAAAAACAAUACCCAAACUUUUUCUAUAGCUGGAAUGUUGGAGCAUCCCCAACGAUUUGCACGCAAUAUCCCCGAUUCCUCCUCAACAGCAGCAAUAACGAAUUCAAACGUUCCAGCAGCGCUAGCAAAUCGCAAUCACUAUUUGCCAAGUGGCGGUGCUGGUGUAACUGGUUCAUGGCAUCAGCAACAGCAGCACUCUCAAGCAUCUACACCAGCAUCUACACAAUACCAGCCGUCGUCCUCGUCGUCGUAUCAGCAACAAAACUAUCCAGUGCCACCGCCACCCGGCUCACCGGCCCCACACCAUCAUCAGCAACAGCAUCAUCAUCGUAACUUAUCGUCGGCGUCCAAUUGUAGCACGCACAAAAGUGUGACAUUCAGCAGCAAUACAAAUUCGAACGGAGGCGACUGCAUUGGUGGUGGCAACCUCGGCUGUGGUUCACAAUCGAUGGCGGGCAACAUGAAACACGGAAAAUCACAGGAAGACGUUUGCUACGUAGUAGCCAAAUACGAUUAUGGAGCUCAAGGAGCACAAGAAUUAGACCUAAGGAAAAAUGAACGCUACCUGCUAUUGGACGAUUCUAAACAUUGGUGGCGGGUGCAAAAUAAUAGAAAUCAAUCUGGCUAUGUCCCUAGUAAUUAUGUUAAAAAAGAAAAACCAUCACUUUUCGAUAGCAUAAAGAAAAAAGUGAAAAAAGGUUCUGGCUCAAAAACUCUUCCUAAUUGUUCGCCCUCACGACAAAUCGAAAGUCCAACAAUGUCAAGAAGAUUACCACCCGAUCCAUCAGAGGCUAUUGGUACGGCAAUUGUAAAAUACAAUUAUCAAGCACAACAAGCUGACGAAUUGUCCCUGACGAAAGGUACACGUAUUUUGAUUUUGGAAAAAUCUAACGAUGGAUGGUGGCGAGGACAGAGUGGCAAUGCUGUUGGAUGGUUUCCCAGUAAUUAUACAACCGAAGAUUGUGAUAAUGAUGGUGAAAUCCAUACGUAUGCGAUGGCUGAGAAUGUUCUUGAUAUUGUGGUUGCUCUCUACAGUUUUACAUCAAAUAACGAUCAAGAAUUAUCAUUUGAAAAAGGUGAUCGUCUAGAAAUCGUCGAUCGACCGUCUUCCGAUCCCGAUUGGUAUAAAGCACGCAACAAUGCUGGUCAAAUUGGUUUAGUUCCACGCAAUUAUCUACAAGAGCUUAGUGAUUACCUAGCUACGCCGUAUCGUGGUAAUAAUGGUGCUGGUGGUGGCAGUAGUGGUGGUGAUUCAAUUGAUCGACGAAACGAUGGUAUGCCUAAUAAUAUGCCACCACAAUCAUCACCUCCAAUGCCACCAAUGGAACGACCUAAUUUAGCUGGUAAAUCUUGGUACUAUGGCGCUAUAACGCGCAGUCAAUGUGACACUGUUCUCAAUCAACAUGGUCAUGAUGGCGAUUUCCUUAUACGAGAUAGCGAGACUAAUAUGGGUGACUAUUCGGUUUCCCUUAAAGCGCCAGGCCGUAACAAACACUUUCGUGUGCAUGUUGAAAAUGGCAUGUACUGUAUUGGUCAGCGUAAAUUCCACACCUUAGACCAAUUAGUCGAUCACUACCAAAGAGCACCCAUCUACACAAACAAGCAAGGAGAAAAACUCUAUCUAGUACGGCCAUUGCCCAAAGCCAAUGGAACGUAAGCUUAAAGUAAAAAUAGAAGAUGAUCAAGUUGAAAAUAAAAAUUAAAUAAAAACAAGCAAACAAAAAUAUCCACAUCAAACUAAUUACCAUAAUAUCUAAUUAUAAUAACAACAAAAAAUGAAAAAAACGUAUUUCAUUCUCGCGAACUCUCUAUCUCUCUGUCGUAUCUAUCUCUCUAAAACUCUUUUUUUAAGUAUGAAGAUCACCCGCUCAACACGACACCACAAAAACAUGAAAACUCAAAAACGGCCAUCAACCCUCAAAAACAAAGAAACAAAAAAAUACUAGAACGUAAACAUUUUAUUUUAGAUUAAUAUUUAAUUUAUAUAUUUAAGUGUAAGGAUUUUUAGUUUUAAAUUUUAAUAUUCGUGAACAAAUAUAAUAUAAUUCUCAAAUUUCUUAUAAGGGCUUAGUUGUGAGCUGUGUUGUAUAAAUGAAUUUAUUUUGUUUUUUAAAUUAAUUAAAGUAAAAGUGAAAGUAAUCUCUUAAAGAUAAAUAAAAAGAAAACAUCGACAAUUGAGAGUAGUAGUGAUGAAUAGAAGAACCCCUCUUCCCUCAAUAAUUCGAGUGAAAUACAAUUUUAUUUUAUUUCUCAUCCCCUUUAAUUCGUAGUGUGAUCUUUUAUACAUAUAUAAAUAAUAUACAAUUAUUCAUAAAACAAUUAAAAUAUAAAUCGAACAGCGGCGGGAAGAAAUGAAAUGAAGAAGUAAAAUAAAGGAAAAGAAAAGAACACACCACAUAAAAACUUAAACAACACAUAUACUCUAAUGCAAAGUAAAUAAUAUUUUUGUAAAUUUUUUGCUAAUACAAAUUGCUUUACAUUUCAAUUAGGAACAAACAAAAUAUAAAUAUCAUUUCAUAAAACAAAAAAUAUAAAUAUGGAUUAUAUAUUAUAGAAAAUAAUAAUUAUAACAAAAAAAAACAAUUCUUAAAUGAAACAAAAAUUUAAAUAAGCACUCUUAUCACUCAGAAGAUAAAACAAACUGAAUUCCUUGCUUUUGUUAUAAAUUAAAUUAAAUUAAAAACAAAAAAAAACAUUAAAACUACAAAAUUAAUUCUUUUGUAAAUGCGAAGCUUUUUAUUAUUCAUUUCAAAAACAAAUUUUAAUUUUAAACGAAUAAAUAAAAAAAAAAACACACAAAACUCGAAGAACAAUUAUUCUUACAGAUAAAUUAUAAACAAAACAAAGUUUUAAAUGGAAGAAAAUGAUAUUAAAACAUAUGCAUAUAAAUUAAAUUAUAAUAUCUAUAAUAAAUUACAAAAAAAAACAUAUAUAGACUUAUAAACUAAAGACAAACUCACUUGUUUCUUUUUUUUCAUAAAAAUAUUUAUUAUUAUUAUUGCUAUACAAAAUACAAAACAAACAAAAAAGAAACAAAAAAGUUUUGUUUUGUGCUUAAGAACAAACAAAAAAAAGAAAAAUGGAAUCUAUUUUAUUUAAUAUGUAUUUAAAAACAAAAGAAAAAAUCCCUUAUAUCAGUUAGUAAACGAUUCUUUAUGAAUUUAUAAAAAAUCUACAUUCACAAAUGAAACAAAACAAAAUAAAAUAAUAAAAUUUCUUUAGCAUACAUACAUACUAGUAUAUGUAAAUUUUUAAAUUUAUUAUUAAUGAAUUCUGUGUAAAAAGAUAUAGUUUAUAAUAAUUUUCUAAUCUUCUUGUUUUAAACUUUAUUUUAAUAUCAUUUAGUUUAGUUAAAGAGAAAAAAAACAACAAAAUAAGUAAUAAUUAUACAAAAAAAAAGAAGCAGUCUUUUGUAAGAAAGAAGAAAAAUAUGUACAUCAUAAGUUAGAAAUAUUUAAUAAUUCAAUAAAUAAAGAUUUUUUGUAAAAAUACGAAAUAUA